CCCCCACACUCAUCACACCACUCGCUCUCGCCUGAUUGACUGUGUGAGACAAAUUAGGCUUCUGAAAUGAUCAACAAAUUUGACAGUGUUCUGUUGGCCCAGAAGAAGUUUAUCUACCACUAUAAGAACAUGCGCUGGGCCAAGGGCCGACACGAAACCUACCUGUGCUUUGUGGUCAAGAGGCGGGUGGGACCAAACUCACUCUCCUUCGACUUUGGACACCUGCGCAACCGGUCCGGCUGUCAUGUUGAGCUGCUGUUCCUGCGCCUCCUGGAAGCAGGCGCCCUGUGUCCAGGCCUGUGGGGUUAUGGAGCUCCAGACAGUGUGGGACUGUGUUACUCAGUCACCUGGUUCUGUUCCUGGUCCCCCUGCUCAGACUGCUCCUACAGGCUGGCCCAGUUCCUCAGCCAGACCCCCAACCUCCGCCUCAGGAUCUAUGUCUCCAGGCUCUACUUCUGUGACCCGGAGGACAGCAGUGCGAGAGAGGGUCUCCGCAUGCUGCAGAGAGCCGGGGUGCAGAUCACUGUCAUGAACUAUGAAGACUAUUUCUACUGUUGGCAGACCUUUGUAGCUUGCAGACAGCGUGUGUUUAAGGCCUGGGACGGACUGCAUCAGAACUCUGUUCAACUGGCCAGGAAACUUAACGACAUCCUCCAGCCUGGUGAGGCAGAAGAUUGGGGAGAUGCUUUUGAGCUACUUGGACUGUGA